AUGUCUUCGAGUAUUUACAAUGAACCAAAUGCAUUAGUUACUGUUGAUCAAACAGGUCUUGAUCGUGUUCGUGCAUCCGUUCUUAAAUCUCAAAUAUCGACCUAUCGUCUAUUAGCUCGAAAUUUACCAGUUUCGGAUCAUUUAAUUUCUUCAUGUUCCUACCAGACACAAUUAGCAUCGUAUCUUCAAUCACAAUUAAACAUCAAUGAACAACAGCUACCUCAAACAACAUCAACGGCCAUUGUUCUUACUGAUCGCGAGCAUCAAAAUGUUUACCAAACAUUUCCAUCAGCAACAGUUAUGUACAAAACAUUAGUUGGUCUGGAAAACACUAAUAAUGAUAAUGAGCAACCAUCAACGCGUCGUCAAGAACCUCAGAUUAGUUUUAAUCCGUUACAUAUUCAACAAGAUCGUGAAAAACGUGUAUUAAAUCGUAUAUCAAAUCGUUUAAAUGAAUUAGAGCAAAUGCCAGCACAAACAAACGAUCAAUUAAAUAUCAGAGCAUUAAUCGAAUUAAAAUCAUUAAAAUUAUUAACAUUUCAAAAACAGUUGAGAAAUGAAAUGUUAACAACAAUGAAAAAAGAUACAGGCUUACAAACAUCUCUAAAUCCUCGUUCAUAUAAACGUCCAAAACGUCAUUUAUUGCGUGAAGCACGUACCACCGAACAAUAUGAACGACAAAAAAAAUUAGAACAAGAACAUCGUCAAAAACAAAAACAUAAUGAAUUUAUUAAUCAAAUACUUAUACAUGUUAAAGAAUUUCGUGAUUUUCAUCGUCGUACACAGUAUACAACACAACGUAUUAGUAAAGCUGUUGUACUCUAUUUUGCUAAUAGCGAACGAGAAUUGAAAAAAGAACAAGAACGAAAUGAAAAAGAACGAAUUCGACGAUUAAUGAAUGAAGAUGAAGAAGGGUAUCGAAAAUUAAUUGAUGAGAAAAAGGAUGCACGUUUAGCACUGUUAUUAUCACAAACAGAUGCUUAUAUUGACAAUCUUAAACAAUUAGUACGUCAACAUCAACAAGAUCAAAAGGUGACAAAUCGACAACGUGGUCGUCCAAAAGCUGUUACAAAACAAGAUCCAAAUCUACUUCUUGCAGAACAAAAAUCAUUAUCUCUUGAUGAACCAAAACCCUUGAUAGAAGCUAUACCAAUAGUUAAUGAACCAGUUCCAAUUGAAACUGAUAUUCAGGAUCAAUCGAUUAUUGUUCCAGAAGAAGUUGAAGAAUCGACAAAAUUGACGCCACAGCCAUCAACAACAAAUGUUGUAAUUGAUCAAACAGGCAACGAUGAAGCAAUUCGAGAUGCAGUUAAACAAACAGCAACAAAUGAAGAUGAUGAAUACGAUGCAAAAGAAUCGUAUUAUGCAUUAGCGCAUCGUAUACGCGAACCGAUACUAGAACAAUCAAAACUAUUAGUUGGUGGUCAAUUAAAACCUUAUCAAUUACAAGGACUUGAAUGGCUUGUGUCAUUGUACAAUAAUAAUUUAAAUGGAAUUUUAGCAGAUGAAAUGGGUCUCGGAAAAACGAUACAAACAAUCGCACUCAUUGUCUAUUUAUUAGAUUCUAAGAAAAAUCCAGGUCCAUCUCUCAUUAUCGUUCCAUUAUCGACAUUAUCAAAUUGGUCAACAGAAUUUCAACGUUGGGCACCCGAUAUAAGUGUCAUCCAAUAUAAAGGUACACCACAAGUACGUAAAAUGUUAUCACAAAGUAUACGUACAAGUCGUUUCAAUGUUCUGUUAACAACAUAUGAAUAUAUUAUGCGUGAUCGUUCAAUACUGUCAAAAGUACCGUGGAAAUAUUUGAUUGUCGAUGAAGGACAUCGUAUGAAAAAUCAUCAUUGUAAAUUGACACAAAUAUUAAAUACAUAUUACGUCAGUGCACCACAUCGUCUAUUAUUAACUGGAACACCGUUACAAAAUAAUUUACCUGAAUUAUGGGCACUUUUAAAUUUUAUUUUACCAACAAUAUUUAAGUCAGCCACAACAUUUACUGAUUGGUUUAAUGCACCAUUUGCCACAUUGCCAAGUGAAAAAGUUGAAUUAAAUCAUGAAGAAACAUUAUUGAUUAUACGACGUUUACAUAAAGUAUUACGACCAUUUUUAUUAAGAAGAUUGAAAAAAGAAGUAGAAUCACAAUUACCAGAAAAAGUUGAAUAUGUUAUUAAAUGUGAAAUGUCAGCAUUGCAACGUUUACUCUAUGUGGCCAUGUCAAAAAAUCGUGUCUUAUUAACAGAAAAUCCCAAUGGGAAAACCGGUCGACGUGCUCUGAUGAAUAAAAUUAUGCAACUACGUAAAAUAUGUAAUCAUCCAUUUUUAUUUGAAUCAAUUGAAGACAAACUAGCUGAUUCAUUGGGUUAUAAAUAUGGUAUUAUUGAUGGUCCUGAUUUGUUUCGUGUUAGCGGUAAAUUUGAAUUAUUAGAUCGAAUAUUACCAAAAUUGAAAGCCACUGGACAUAAAAUAUUGUUAUUUUGUCAAAUGACAGCUGUUAUGAACAAAUUAGAAAUCUAUUUUGCCUAUCGAAAUUAUACAUAUUUAAGAUUAGAUGGUACAACAAAGAGUGAAGAUCGAUGUGAAUUAUUGAAAAAUUUUAAUGAUGAUAGAGUUAAUUGUUUUAUAUUUUUACUCUCAACACGUGCUGGUGGUGUCGGACUCAAUUUACAAAAAGCUGAUACUGUUAUUUUAUUUGAUUCUGAUUGGAAUCCACAUCAAGAUCAACAGGCACAAGAUCGUGCACAUCGUAUUGGACAGAAGAAUGAAGUGAGAGUAUUACGUUUGAUGAGUGUAAAUACAAUUGAAGAAAAAAUAUUAGCAUGUGCAAAAUAUAAAUUGAAUGUUGAUGAAAAAGUUAUACAAGCCGGUAUGUUCAAUCGUUCAUCAACAAGUAGUGAACGACAACAAUUUUUAGAACAAAUAUUAGUUGGAGAUGAUGAAGAACAAACAGAAAAUCCAGUUGAUGAUGAAGAUUUACCAGAUGAUGAAACAAUUAAUCAAAUGAUAGCACGAACAGAACAUGAAUUUAAUUUAUUUAAUCGAAUGGAUAUAGCUAGACGAGAAUAUGAGGCAAAAUAUGGUGUGGGAAGUGGAGGCGAUGGAGCUAAUGAAAGACGAGUGGCUGCAGCAACAAUGGCCGAGGAUGAUGAACCAACAAUAACAUCCACAGCAGAUGUGAUUAAAAAAACAGAUAAAAAACUGAAUAUUUCCAAAUCUACAACUAAACGGAAAAAAAUAAAAUUAGGAGAUGAUCUGGAAGAUGAAAUAAGUGAGAAUGAUGAUUCGAAUGAUACACCCAGAGAGUCGAACAGAAAAUUAACUACAUCAUUUCUUGAUCAAAGUGACGAGGAAAUGGUUAUUGAUUCUGAAUUAAAUGCGGCUAAAAGUGAUGAUGAAGAAGAUAUUUUGGAUGACGAUUUAGAAGAUGAAGAUGAAGAGGUUGAUGACUCAUCACAACAACCAAAACCAAAACAAAUAGUGAAACAUCGACGUAAAAUGAAAACAAAUCGCUUAAUAACCGAAGAUGAAUUACCGGAUUGGUUAAAACAAAAUGUUGAUGAAGUUGAACAAUCAUUAGAAAAUGAAGAUGAUUUUGGUAAAGGACGUCGACAACGUAAAGAUGUUGAUUAUAGUGACAAUUUAACAGAACGUGAAUUUUUAAUUGCAUUAGAAGAAGGAAAUUUAGAUGAUGUCGAACAGCAAAAACGUCAACGAAAACAAACAAAAAAAUUAGCAACUGAUGCAUUACUUGAUAUAGACGAUGAUGAUGUUGAUAGUACACCUCAAAAUAUUACAACAACUCCCAGCUCACAACAAUCUACCCAACGGCAACAACGCAACACUAAUAAACUACGUGGUAGCGUUAAAAAACGUCGUCAAAAUAUGAAUCCAAAAAUUCUUCAGCAAUGUAAAGUUCUAUUAGAUAAACUAAUUCAUUAUCGUGAUUCUGAGGGUAGACAAUUAGCACAACCAUUUAUUCGUUUACCUGGUCAAAAACAAUUACCCAUUUAUUAUCAAACAAUUACAGAUCCUAUUGAUUUUAAUCGUAUUCGUCGACGUAUUGAAACCUAUCGUUAUAUAACAUUAGACGAUUUUGAACAAGAUAUUGUUUUAUUAUGUAAAAAUGCUCAAACAUUUAACAUUGAAACAUCACUCAUUUAUACAGAUUCAAUUGAAUUAGAAAAAAUAUUUCAGAAUUUACGAAAACAAUUAGAAAAUGGAGAAAUAGAUGUCAACUAUGAACAAGUGAAUGUACAUCAAAAAAUAUCCUUUCGUCGAGGUGGUGGUACAAGUGGACGAAGAGGUGGAGCUAGUGGAAAAGGCAAAAAAAGACCACUUUCAUCAUCAGAAGGUGAAUCAGAGAAUGGAAAUGAAGAUGAAGAAGAAGAUGAUGGUUUAUCACCAAAAACAAAAGAAGUUUCGGAAAGUCAACAAAUUGUAUCAGAAACAAUAAAAACUGAACAGAAUAUUGAAAAAAUGGACAUAACACAAGAACAAAAUGAUUCCACUACAUUCAUACAAUAA